UAGAAUGUAACAAAAAAUUUAGUCGUAUUUCACUGUAUAUAAUAAUACUGUGCAAAAAAUUCUUUAAAAAACUUAACUGGGAAUAUUUUGUUUUAUUCUUUCCGAAUUCUAAUAAUUAUGGACUGUUUGCUGAACCCACUAGAAGCAAAAUCGAAUGUGCAUGUAAUUGCAGAUUUGAACCUGGCAUAGAAGCUUGCGGAGGUAGGAUGUGCACAUGUGAUCAAAUUAAGCAUAUCCUUUCCUUGUGCACUUCAUGUGUUGGUGCAACCUCGACCGCAGGUUUUACCGAUAUAAAAAGAGAAAACCAGCUCUGGCAACAAGAUCUACUACCAUAUGCGGACAAGGAAGAGGUGACUGAAAAAUUUGUCACUGAUGUGGCGAAAAAACUUGUUCAGUUUCUUGCUAUUUCCAAUGACCGAAAUUCCAAAAUUAUAAAUUUUGUAACUCCAGAAGAAAUAAAAGCAUGUUUUGAUUUUACUUUACCUGAAUAUGGUACAUCUUUGGGUGGAAUCUUGGAACAAGUGGAAAAUAUUUUACAUUAUGUUGUGAAAACAGCUCAUCCUCGUUUUUACAAUCAGCUUUGGGCUGGUGUAGAUGUCAAUUGUUUAAUGGGACAAUGGAUUGCUAAUACUACCAAUACAUCAAUGUAUACCUACGAGAUGGCACCAUUAUAUGUUAUGAUGGAAAAAACCAUUUUAAAUAAAUUUCAAGAAUAUGUUGGUUAUAAAAAUGGAGAUGGACUACUUUUUCCAGGUGGUUCAAUUUCAAACAUUCAAGCCAUGAAUCUUGCUCGCUACAAGUAUUGUCCUGAUUUAAAGAAGACUGGCUUGUUUGCAGCAAAAAAGUUGAUAUCUUAUGUGUCAGAAGAAGGACAUUAUUCAAUCAGUAAAGCUGCAGCACUUAUUGGUAUAGGAAUGGACAAUGUUGUUAAAGUUAAAACUGGGACAAGAGGGAAGAUUAUUGUAAAGGAUUUAGAAGAUAAAAUAAAAGAAACCAUUGCAAGGAAUGAGCAGCCAUUUUUUGUAUGUGCCACAGGAGGAACCACUGUUGGCGGUGCUUAUGAUCCAUUGGAUGAAAUAGCUGAUGUCUGUGAAAAGUAUAAAAUUUGGAUGCAUAUUGAUGCUGCAUGGGGUGGUUCGUGUUUAAUUUCAAAAAAACAUAAGCAUUUAAUGAAAGGUUGUCAUAGGGCUGAUUCUAUCACCUGGAAUCCUCACAAGCUAAUGAAUUGCUUGCUUCAAUGCUCUGUUCUGUUAACAAAGGAAAAUGGUCUUCUAAAACAAUGCAACAGUACAGGUGCUACAUAUCUUUUCCAGCAAGACAAAAAACUUUAUGAUGUUGCUUGGGAUACUGGUGAUAAAACAUUUCAAUGUGGACGCAGCAAUGAUGUCUUAAGGCUAUGGUUAAUGUGGAAGGCUAAAGGUACAGCUGGCAUGGAAGAACACGUUGAUUUAGCAUUUUCAAACGCGAGAUAUCUUGCAGAUCAAGUAAAAGCUAGAAGUAAUUUUGAGUUGUUAAGAGAGCCAGAAUGUGCUAAUGUUUGUUUUCGUUACAUUCCUCCUGGUAUUUCUACCCUUGCAGAUGGCCCAGAAAAGUUAGAGAAAUUAGCUAAGGUGCCUCCGGAAAUAAAGAAGAGGAUGACUCAUGAGGGAACUCUCAUGAUUGGUUAUCAACCAUUGAAAGACCAUGGAAAUUUUUUCCGCAUGAUAACAUCAAAUUCAGCAGCUAACCCGGCAGACAUGGAUUUUAUACUUAAUGAAAUUGAGCGUUUAGGAAAAGAUUUGUAAAGAAAAAUUAUCUAGCGCCGAUUUAUGAAAUAUACAAGAAUUUCUAAA